AUGAGUGGACCAAGAAAGGCCAGCAUACCUGUCGCGUCUGGGGGCAGGACACCCCCGCGAACUCCCGACCGCAAACCCCCAAUCCCUCGGACUCCAGCACGUACUGCCACGCCAACGCCAAAGAAGGAUGACAAAGACAAGCCAGAUGAGAAGGCGGGCCAGAAGGAUGGCAAGAAGGUUGAUAAAAAGCAAACACCUACGCCCGCACAACUCGGUCAAGUCAAGAAGGUCACCCAAGCAAUCCUACAUCCAAAUAAGGCACUUACGCAUAAAAUCGAGCGAGUUGUUGACGAUAAACUGAAGAACCUGGCCGAGAACAAAGGCGAGGAAGGAGGGAUACUGAGUCAACUGGUGCGAACCAAGAUAACGCGUUGCGAGCUUUGCAAUAUUGUUUAUUUUGUGGAACCGUCAAUGUCUGGGGUAUCGAAGAGCUAUAUCUACUGGUGCGAUAAGUGCAGAGACCACCUCCGCCAACAGAUUCGGGAGGGCGACGAGAGGACUCUACCUCCUCCACACGUGAUGGUGGAGAGAGCGGGUCCCGGGAUUGCUGCUAGGUUGGUAAAUUCGGGGUUGUCGAAGUCGAAAUCUUUUGACGAUCUCAGUAUGAUAGCUGUGGAUGUGGAUGGGCGAAGGCCGCCUCCUACUCCCCUUCGCCCUUUCCUUAACCCUUACGGGUACCGUUUCAAACGUGUCAUCAUGAUCGCCUCUCAAGUUGACGUAUACGGAGCAAAGCGAGAAGUACUUACAACCGCUAUCCCCGGUCUCCCGAAAAUCUUCCCAGAGCAGUGGACCAUCCCAAACGGCCCUAGUAUCUUCAGCCUCCAGUUCGUUGCACGUAAGAUGUACGUGGUGGACGGAAAGUUUCACAUGUUCGAGGAACGCACCCAGCGACUUGUGAACGUGUUCAUGGUAUUGUACGAUAUGCAGCCGACCAUGAGACAGAUCAACGGGCUUUUUGGCUUUACGGAUGUUCACGAAAUCCUUCGGAAUACCUUCAUCUGGAUCGCGAUGCCUUCCCCGGAUUACCGAACGGAUAGGAUGGGGAUCCAGGAUGUGAAGAGGAUGGUUGUAGCUUUCUGGGAGAAUUCCAUGGUUGUCGACUUUGCGUAUCCACCGAUCGGAAGCGAGUGGCCGUGGCCGGAAUAUUCGACGGAUACGGAAUUGCCUCCGCCAGAACAGAAGUGGGGGAGCGAGACGGCGCGGCCGCUGAGAAUGAAAAAGAUUCAAUAG